AUGUUUUCGAUGCAACUGGAGACGUGGGUCGGGGCUUUGUUUUUGCUUUCUUUUGCGUCGACAGGCGUGGAGAGCAAGAUUGAUCGCAAGUCGAUUAUCCAGCAGUACAAUCUCAAGCUUAACCGUUCGCACUCAUAUAGCCCAGUCCAAGUAGGCAACGGAAACUUUGCAUUUGGGGUUGACGUUACCGGACUGCAGACCUUCCUUCCGCACAAUACCCUCUCAUCAUGGGGGUGGCACAACUCCAGUCUGCCUUCAACACCAAAUCAGACACUUCCAUCGGACUAUACCGGCGUUGACUGGUGGACUCACGAUCGUCUCGUCAACUAUGCGCAACCCAAUCCUGAACAGAAGGACAUCAGUCAAUGGAUGAUUGCGAAUCCACAUCGAAUCAAUCUGGGAAGAGUUGGCUUGUGGUUCGGUGGCAUUGCGGGUGGAAAUGUCACUGAAGACCUGCUUAGUGACAAAGAGCAGAUAUUGGAGCUCUGGGAAGGUGCCAUCAGGUCGUCCUUCUCUAUCAAUGGAUCAGAAGUUGUGGUGACAACUAUUGCCAGUCCAGAGACGGACACUGUGGCUGUAGAGAUAUCGUCUAGCCUGGUGAGAACAGCAGGGUUGGGUGCUUUCUUCGACUUCCCUUACGCGACCGGGAAGAAUAAGUUUGAUGCACCAUUCGUCGGUUUCUUCAACGCUACUUCAAACCAUUCCACGACAGACGAAUAUAGAAACAAGGGCGCAACGAUCACUCACAAUUUGGAUGCGACGACGUAUGUAGCGGAUAUUGCCUGGGAAGGGUAUGCUCGGCUCUCGCGCCUACACAGCGAUGAGCACAAGUACAUCUUAGCCGCCAGCCAGAACUCCGAAAAGCUUUCGUUCACUGUGACGUAUGCUCCUCGCGUGGCCAACAUAUCUUGCACCCCCGACGCGGUCAAACAGAAGGCUCAAACGUGGUGGGCAGACUACUGGUCGACCGGCGCAUUCUUGUCACUUCCUUCAGCUAGCAACUCUUCUGCAAAUGAGUUGCAGCGCCGCACAAUCCUUUCUCAGUACCUCCUUGCUGUGAACGGGGCCGGCAAAGAUCCCGCACAAGAAUCCGGCUUGGUGAACAAUGGUUGGUACGGCAAGUUUCACAUGGAGAUGGUAUUCUGGCAUCUAGCCCAUUGGAUGUUCUGGGACAAAUGGGACCUUUACGAUCGCAGUGUCGGCGUUUAUAAGCGCUUCCUGCCCAGCAGCUUCGACCGAGCGGAAAAACAAGGAUACGAAGGCGCGCGCAUCGGCAAGAUGAGUGACCCAAGCGGUCGAUCUGCGCCAGGCGAGAUCAACAGUCUGCUCAUCUGGCAACAACCACAUCCCAUGUACUUUGCCGAGAUGGAGUAUCGAUCUUUCCCGACCGAAAAGACUCUCGAAAAAUGGGAUGACAUCUUGACAGGGGUGGCCGACUUCAUGGCCAGCUAUGCUUUCUGGAAUUCUACAACGAAUCGCUACGAUCUUGGCCCGCCUUUAUACCCAGUCUCUGAAAACACUAAACCUAAUGACACUAUCAAUCCGGCUUUCGAGCUGGCAUAUUGGCGUUUCGGUCUCGAUGUAGCGUCAAAGUGGCGAGCACGACAAAACAAGUCCAUCCCAGAGCCUUGGACACACGUACAUGAUAAUCUCGCGCCUUUCCCUACUGAAGAGGAUGCAUAUGUAACAUACGAGGGUAUACCAGAUAUGUGGACUACACCAGAGUAUACAGAAGACCACCCAGGCCUAAUUGGUCUCGUCGGUUGGCUUCCUCCAGACUCUCGCGUCAACACGACGAUCUUCAAUAACACUAUUGCAAAGGUGCACGAGACCUGGAACUUUCCCUUUUCGUACGGCUGGGACUUCCCACUAUUGGCCAUCACGGAAGCAAGGAGAGGUGAUGCAGAACGAGCGGUUAGUCAGUUGCUUGAUGUGAACAAUGCUUUCGAUGAGGUAGGUAUGCCGGAGGGUGGGACAAGGGUGCCCACGCCGUAUUUCCCGAGUGCGGCGGGCCUGCUGCUUGCUGUUGGGAUGAUGUGCGGUGGUUGGGAUGGGUAUGAGGGGCCGGUUUGGCCGUCACAUUGGGAUGUUGAGUGUGAAGGUUUCACGAGGGGCAUGUGA